AUGUACCCUAUGGAUACUAUCAAGACUCGCAUGCAAAUGGACCAGGCCAACCCUUUUCGACUGGCUGGCAUAUUUGGUGGGGUUGGUGGAUCUCUUGCUGGCCAGGUCCCCUACGGAGUGUUGACUUUCGGUUCAUACGAAAUGUACAAAAAAUCGUUGUUGUCUCAGUUUCCUGAAGUAAAGCCGAUCUUCAUGUACGCCUUGGCAGCCGUGAUGGGCGAUCUCACAGGGUCAGGAUGGCUAUGUCCCUCGGAAGUUGUCAAGCAACGGAUGCAAGCUGGUAUGCAUGGAUCCACCAAGGAUGCUGCUGUCAGUAUUUGGAGAUCUAAGGGCCUUGUGGGGUUUUAUGAAGGGUACUUUGGUGGAGUUGCGCGUGAUGUACCCUUUCGUGUUGCCCAGCUGACUUCGUAUGAAAUGACGAAGAACCUCUACCUACGGCUUAAGGGAAGAAAACUCGAGGAAGAGAAAAGCAAAACCCGGAAACGCAAAAGCACGGCUGAAAAUCGCAUGGAACUCUCAUCUGUGGAGGCAGCAGCUUGUGGUGCUAUUUGUGGAACUUUCUCUGCCGCUGUGACUGCCCCCCUCGAUCGCAUUAAAACCCUUCUUAUGACUGACAGUGCUGCAUAUGGAGGCUCAGUAGCAUCAUGUGCCUCAAAAAUUGUGCGUGAAGAGGGCAUUCGAGGGCUGAUGACGGGAGUAGUCCCUCGUGUUAUCUAUAUUGCUCCUUCGGUUGUCAUAUUCUUUGUCGCCUACGAGCAAAUGCAACAAAGGCUGCGGUAUUUCUAAUAAGAAAAGCAGAGCUCUCUAAAUUUAACAGAUAUCUCCUUGCUGUUGGUGACUUUGCACUGGCGCUGCAAAUUUAGCUGCGAAAAAUUCUGAUUGUAAGGAUUCGAGCGCCUUUAGUAGAUCGCUUUGAGCAACUUCCCGAUCGGCUGACACACGUGAAUAAAGCUCUUCAAGCUCAGAACGGGGUUGCUCCGCAUGUCCACGAAGCUUACAGUAUCUGGAAGCGAGGACUCCAUUCAGGCAAAGUAUUUGAUUUUCUAGAGCUUGAUCUUUUAGCGGGCGAUAUGACGCCGCUAAAAGCAACUGGCCAACACACGACAAUCGCUCUUUCGAAAAGAGUCGACGAUGCGUUUGCUGUAAGUCUUCGUCACGCCGUUGGGGAAGUAGAGAUGCCG